GAUUGACUAUAUACAAACACCGCCGGCUCAAACUCUACUAUACUCACAAUUAUUGUAGUUAAAAGUGAAGGGGUAUAUAAGCCUCUUCCAAUUUGAAGUUGAUCUAUUUCCAAGUGUUAACAAGUGCAAUGAAAACGUUUCUGGUAACUUGUUUAGCCUUUCUGGGGCUUCCUUCCGAACAGUCUCGUGUCCUGAAAGCUAAACGAGGCUACCUCUUGGGGGACUACCACGGAGCCCCCGGCGUGGGCUACUCCGACGACCUCUCCAUAUCACCAUCAGGAUGGAAAGGUUCAAACACUCUACAUUUACACGGAGUACAUAACCCUCUUCCGGUUCAUUUAGUUAACACCGCCGAUUUCAACUUAAACGUCGAUUUGCCCGCCCCUCGCCGCCUCCCGCCCCCAUCGGUAGUCCACGUUUCCAGACAGGCCUCCCCCAUCCACAUUCUCUCCUCCAACUCGCUCGAGAAACCCGUCAUGGAGUACCAAGAGUACAUCCCGCCACAAUCCGUCGGAACCGCCGUGUUGCCCCAAAUGCCGCCCCCGGCAACCCCCGUCAACGCCGUCGCUUCCAAUAUCCCCGCGAAUCAAGGAGCAGUUUUUCUCGGAUCGGGAUCUCUAGGAGUCGUGAGUUUGGGCAACGGGGCCUAUGCUUUGGGGUCGGGGUCUAUAGGGUAUUCGGGAAAUCGCGCACAGCCUAGACCCACGGGCACUGUUCCUGUCUAUCCCCCUUUGCCAGCCUCGCCGAAUUUGAUUCCUGCAGCUGUGCCAAGUCCUCCACCCCAACAACCGAUUGGGUUAAACUAUGAUUAUCCUCUUUUGAAUGUUCCUCAAGUACCGCAAGUUGAUCAAAAUGGGUACGAGUAUUUACCGCCUAAUAGGGUUGGAUUCGGAACUCCUAAUCCUCCAAGACCUAUUAGAACGAGACAGCAGUUUGCAACACCCACAGCUUUGCAAGUGCGACAGCAAGGACAGCAAAUCCCAAAUAAUUUCCAAUUUUCGGUGCCUUUCGGGACCACUGCAGAAGGCGUUUCCUUCGCUUAACCUAAUUUAUUUCUAAAGUCUAUCAACUAGAAGACUUUCGCUUUGUUUAGCCCCAAGUGAUAAACCAAAUAGGUUAAAACUUAAAAUAUUUUUCACCCCUUACUGUAUCUUUAUUUAUUCUAGAUACUUAACUUGUUAGUCACUAUUAUUAUUACAUUAGGUUGUACAAUAAAAGUAAUAUUUUUUAUGUCAAAUUCUAGAGUAAUGUUUUUAUGUAUUAUUGUAUAAAUAAAAUUUGACAAAAUAAAACA